AUGGACAAGAAGCCUUCGCCCAGGAAAGCUCCAGAUUUCUGUUCGUUACGCUACGGACUGGCUCUCAUCAUGCACUUCUCAAACUUCACCAUGAUAACCCAGCGCGUGAGUCUGAGCAUCGCGAUCAUUGCCAUGGUGAACAGCACUCAGCCCCGUGGUGGUCUACCCAACGCCUCCACGGAAGGGCCUCUUGCAGGUACCCUCGCCAACCCCAGCAGACCCAUCAGGGAAUUUAACACAGGGGCCUCUGUCUAUGAAUGGAGCCCAGAGACUCAGGGUAUCAUCCUGAGCUCCAUCAGCUACGGGAUCAUAGUGACUCUGAUCCCCAGUGGAUACUUGGCAGGGGUACUUGGAGCAAAACAGAUGCUUGGUGCCGGCUUGCUGGCCUCCUCCCUUCUCACCCUCUUCACACCGCUGGCUGCUGAUUUCGGGGUGAUUCUGGUUAUUGUGAUCCGGACGAUCCAGGGCAUGGCCCAGGGAAUGGCGUGGACAGGUCAGUUUACAAUCUGGGCAAAGUGGGCUCCCCCGCUCGAGCGAAGCAAACUGACCAGCAUUGCGGGCUCAGGGGCGGCGUUUGGGUCCUUCAUCAUCCUCUGUGUGGGGGGGCUCAUCUCACAGGCCCUGGGCUGGCCGUUUAUCUUCUACAUCUUUGGUGGCAUUGGCUGUGUCUGCUGUCUCCUGUGGUUCACGGUGAUUUAUGAUGACCCCACGCAUCACCCAUGCAUCAGUGUCCAUGAAAGGGAGCACAUCGUGGCCUCACUGGCUCACCAGUCCAGUUCUCCUAGACGAUCUGUCCCCGUAAAGGCCAUGGCCAGAUGCUUACCACUUUGGGCCAUUUUCACGGGGUUUUUCAGCCACUUCUGGUUAUGCACCAUCAUCAUAACAUACCUCCCGACGUACAUCAGCUCCGUGCUCCACGUUAACAUCAGAGACAGCGGGGUUCUGUCAUCCCUGCCCUUCAUUGCUGCUUCAAGCUGUACGAUUCUAGGAGGCCAGUUGGCAGACUUCCUUCUGUCCAGGAAGCUUCUCAGAUUAAUCACUGUCCGAAAACUCUUUUCAUCCCUAGGGCUCCUCCUUCCGUCCCUGUGUGCUGUGGCCCUGCCCUUCGUGGCUUCCAGUUACGUGACAACCAUUAUUUUGCUGAUACUCAUUCCUGGGACCAGCAACCUGUGUGACUCGGGGUUCAUCAUCAACACCUUAGAUGUCGCCCCCAGGUAUGCAAGUUUCCUCAUGGGAAUCUCAAGGGGCUUCGGGCUCAUCGCGGGGAUCAUCUCUUCCACCGCCACCGGAUUCCUCAUCAGUCAGGAUUUUGUGUCUGGAUGGAGGAAUGUCUUUUUCCUAUCUGCUGCCGUCAAUAUGUUUGGCAUGUUUUUUUACAUCACAUUUGGACAAGCAGAAAUCCAGGACUGGGCCAAAGAGAAGACCAUCACCCGCCUCUGAGGAUACUGAGUUGCACACUUAACAGUGCUGACAAUUAACUUUGUGUUUGACCGUUUAAUGUUUUACAUACCGUCCUUCUUCCUUCAUAUUCUUGGCCAUAGCUUCAGCGGUUCUCACUCUGACUGCCUGUUGGGUGUUCCUAGGAAGUUUCUGGAACACAUGGAUGAUGGAUCCACCCGCAGACACACUGAAUGAACUGGUCUGUGGGAGCGCCCGGUGCCCCUGGUUCUUGGACUCACUGCGGGGUUUCUUACACGCAGCCAGGGUUGGCAACUGCUGGACACACUGGAAACGUCAACCUCUAUUGCCUUUGAAGUCUCCUCUCUGGGAGGUGCUGGAUGAAUAAAAAUCUAUAUGAAAAUAAUCACUGAUAAGUACCUUCCUUGGGGCGAUUAUGGACACAGAGAAGACCUGCUAGGAGCGAUGGUCAAGUGUUAUAGAGCUCAGCAUGGAACAGAAAUUUAAGGCUGUAAUCCACAGAAUUAACUUUUUUAUUGUUUGUGCACAUUGUGUGAAAUAUGGAUGUUUAUUUAUGCGGUUAAAUUCUAUUAAA